AUGUCAGAUCAAAUCGAAAUUUGCACAGAAGUGACACCUUUUUGUCCAGUCGAGGCAACAACCUACGGCUACUACCCCAACAUCGCCGGCAACUCCGUCCUCCUCUCAAUCUUCGCCCUCUGCACAAUAUCCCAACUCAUCCUGGGAAUCCGCUUCCGCAUAAUCGCCUUCAGCACCGUCGUCCUACUGGCCUCCUUAGCAGAAUGCAUCGGCUACGGCGGACGCCUAAUGAUGCACGACAAUCCCUGGUCCGACGCAGGUUUCAAGAUCCAAGUCGUAUGCCUAAUUCUAGCCCCAUCCUUCCUCGCCGCCGGAAUCUACUUGACCUUGAAACACAUCGUCUUGGCCUUGGGACCGGAGAAAAGCAGACUGCAGCCGAAAUUCUAUACGUGGAUUUUCAUCACUUGUGACGCGAUUUCUAUCGUCAUGCAGGCGAUCGGAGGUGGCAUCGCGAGUGCUGGCGAGGGAGAGACGAUCAAUAUUGGGAAUCACAUUAUGAUUGCCGGCAUAGCAUUCCAAGUCGCAACCAUGGCCCUAUGCAUUUAUCGUUUACCGGAGAUGGCGGGUGGUUGGGGAAAUCCGUUGAUGAGGAAUGAGAAGGAAUUCUUGAUUUUGGAUGGGACUAUGAUUGCUAUUGCGACGGUCCUUCUGACGGUUGCGCACCCGGGCAUUUUCUUCCCGGCCAUGAGGAAUAAGGCGUCGAAGGAGGCAUCGCAACGAGAGGUUAAAGACGUUGAGUUGUCUACGCCGGAGGAGGUGAGUGAGAGAUAUUGA